AUGGAUCAAACAGUGCUAGGCACUCAAGUGUACCCCUAUAGCUACACGACCCAAAUCCAUAGCCAGUGCAUCAUCGUUAACAAGGUCGAUGGAUCAUCAUCAUCAGGAGAAGGAUCUAAGCCUGUGAAGCGGCGGAGGAAGAGGAGGAGCAAAGGUUCGUCGGCCACCAGCGAAGAUGACAUGACGGCGAUAGGAGUGAUGUUGAGGAAGAGGAAGUUGACAGAUGAGCAAGUGAAUAUGCUCGAAUUCAGCUUCGAGAACGAGCACAAGCUUGAGUCAGGGAGGAAAGAAAAGAUCGCCGGAGAGUUAGGUCUUGACCCGAGACAGGUAGCUGUUUGGUUCCAGAACCGCCGUGCACGGUGGAAGAACAAGAAACUCGAGGAAGAGUACGCCAAACUCAAGAGCCAACACGAUACCGUCGUCCUCGGCCAAUGUCAGCUCGAGUCUCAGGUAUUAAAACUGUCGGAACAAUUGAGUGAAGCUCAAAACGAAAUUCGAAAACUUUCGGAGCGACUUGCCCAAGAAACGUUAACAAACAGUCCCGGUUCACCUCGUUCUGUUGAAGCCAACGGUGCACCAUUUGAUUUCGAGUUUCCACCGGAUAUUAAUUACAGCGUCCCUUUUUACAUGCUGGAUAAUAAUUACUUGCAGAACAUCGAGUAUUGGGAUGGGUUGUACGUGUAAUUUUAACAACUAAGUAUUUAGAGUGUAUGGAUCGAAAAUCAUGUUAAAAUGAAUGUAUAAAUAGACAUGUUUAUCAACCUGUUGUAAAUGCAGUG